UUCCAAUUGCUAGUGCUUCAACUUCUCAAGCUAGCAAUGCUUUAAAUAUUUUUCAAGCUAAUAAUAAAACUAAAGGCUAUAAUAAUUUUGAGCCAAUACAAGAAAUUAAUGAUGAUGAGGAUACACUUUUAUACUCUAUAGAUGAAGUAGAAAACUUCAUCACUAUGCAGUUUCAGGAUACUGAGUUGUCUGAAGGGAUUACAAAGUUUAUAUUCGAAAUUGAGCUAGAUUCGAAACUUUUAGAUAUCAUUACAAUUAAUCAAGAUUUUGAAACUGAUUCAUUAGACUUGGAAGCUAUCAAAAAUAGCUUUGUACAACUUGUUAAGAUUUUUAUUUUGCUAUUGGAAUCUGGAUUUGGAUAUUAUUAG